AUGGCUGGCCUCCAAGAAGAGCUCCCAUUGGCCAAAACCACGAUAGAACCAGUCUCAAACGAUGAACUGGUCGACUUUCGUUCGAAAUGGAUCAAUGAAGUUCUAGAUAACAAGAAAGGAAAUAGUAGGACUCUCGCGGUUUCAUCUUCGUCUGUAUCGUCGUCGGAUGGGGACAGUGCAGCUCUUGUACUUGCUGCAGUCGAUGGCAAAUCACGACAUCAGACGAAAUCUGGUAAAGUUGGUAAAGUCAAAGAGAACGAACAGCCCGUCAUAUCAAAAGUAGACAAAGUGCUGGAUCCUGUAAGUGGUAAGACGUACGCAGCUUCGGUAGCAUCUACGUCGUCUUCAUCGAGAAAGGGGGACUCGAAACCCGUAAUGCCACAACAGACCAUACCACAACAGCAACAUUCUGUGCAUAGUACAGCACCACUACAGCAAUCAUCACCAAAAGAAUCUGAAGCGCUGAUACUCUUUGGACAAGCUUCUCAGUUUGAACGGCAGGGUAAUUUAAAUCAGGCCCUUUUGCUGUUUAGACAAGCUAGUCGCAUGUAUCCGGAUGUAGAGAGAGCUUAUAGGCAGGUGUUAUACCAGGAAGCGGCUUCUGGAAGUAGUAGCAGUAGUAAUGCAGGUGCUGUCACUUCAAGAGAGACCGCUGAUAAUUUCGAAACAUAUUACGGUGGUCUCGACGAAAACUCUGCAGAUUUAACCUUUGACGCUAUAGACAUGAUUGUCGACAUAGCAUCACGAGAAGGUGUCAAAUUCACCCCCAAGCACAAACUAAGAAAGCCGCCACUCUUCCAAAAGCUGCCUGGAGAACUAGUAACGCAAAUUCUGCAACAUUGUGUGCUUUAUGAUAUUGGUUCCCUAUGCUCGAUAUCGCUUGUAUGUAAAAAGUUUCUGAUUCAGGUGCGGGAGAGAUCAUUAUGGCGGUUUGUCGGUGAACGAACGUUUUUGAAGCCUGCAAAUGUGGGGUUGGUUGGUGUACCGAGCUUGAUGCACGAAGUUGGUGAGCGAUAUGGUGAUGAUUGGUUGAGAAUGUUUGUGGAUAAGCCGAGAGUUAGGACUGAUGGUGUCUUUAUAUCCAGAAUCAAUUAUGUUCGACAAGGUUAUGGUGAGGCAUGGAAUCAACCCAUACACGUAGUUUCAUAUUACAGGUACCUACGGUUUCUUCCCAGGUCUGGUAUCUGCUACGCAUGGAUGACGACCUUAGAACCAUCCCAAGUAGUCAAAGUCUUGAACAACCAGUCUCGAAAAGAGAAGGGAUUCAUGGUGGGCGCAUACCGUGUCACUGAGAUGGAUGGUGCAUGUCAUAUAUUCUGUCGCAUGAAGGAUUAUGAACGUCCAAGAACAACGUUUGAGUAUUCUCUGACUUUGACUAGUACAAAGAGAGGACGACAUAAUAAACUUGGAUGGAUUUCAUAUCACAUGCAUAAUGGAGAGACUAAAGAGAAUGCCAGUGAAGUUCCAUUGAAAACGUUGAGGCCAUUCAUGUUUUCUAAAGUCAGGUCGUAUCUGGUGGCACCCUCGAUUGAACAGCCAAAGAAUGUCAUCGUCUAA